AUGGAGAAGAACGGAGGCAACCAUAUAUCAAACGUGGCCUGGUGGAUAAGUCUGAUUUACUCCUCUUCAUGGGGUUUAGAAGCACAAAAACAAGAUUGUUGCAGAUGGGUGGGAGUCUCUUGUAGCAACCAAACUGGCCAUGUUCUUCAACUUGAUCUUUCAUACAAAGUUGUAGGCGAACUUGACAAUUUUCAAGGUAAGAUGAUUAGUCCUAAACUGAUUGAGUUGCACCAUUUACAACAUUUGGCCCUUCCUUGGAUUGAUUUCACUGGGAGCCAAAUUCCAGAUAUCAUUGGUUCUCUAUCCAAUUUAAGAUACCUUGAUCUGACUUGGACUUAUUUUCAAGGGAAGUUUCCAAGUCAGGUCGGAAAUCUUACGAACUUGGUGUAUUUGGACUUAAGCCGUAAUCGCUUUACAAAUGUGGAAAAUCUCGACUGGCUUCCUCUUCUUUCGUCGUUAAGAUAUUUGGACUUGAGUUUCUCGAAUCUCAGUAAUGUUUUCGAUUGGCCGGCAGCCAUUAAUAAGCUUCCUGAACUAACAAACUUGACACAAGAGGGAUGUGAUCUUCCUUCUCCAAUUCUUUCCACUCUUUCUUACAUAAACUCUUUUAAAUCUCUUGCUAGCGUUGACCUUCAUUCCAACCGUUUGAAUAGUACUUCUUCAAUAUUCGUAUGGUUGUCCAACUAUAAUACCAGCCUUGUUUAUCUUCACCUCUCUGAUAACCUUCUAGCUGGUUCAAUUCCUGAUGUUUUUGGAAACAUGAGCUCUCUGGCACAUCUUUAUCUUUAUUCUAACCAACUUGAAGGGUCAUUACCUGAUCUUACAAACCUUUCAUCUUUGGAAGUCUUGUCUCUUCGUAACAGUCAAUUAAGCAAAGUAAUUUCAGGAACUCAUUUCUCAAAACUCUCCAAACUACGGAAUUUGGAUUUAUCUUCUAACUCGCUAGUUUUAGACAUCCAUGCUGAUUGGAUUCCUCCUUUCCAACUGGACUACAUAAUUUUGGGGUCUUGCAAGAUGGGUCAAAUAACUAAAGAGAUCGGAAACUUGCAGUCACUAGAUUCUCUUGAUUUGUCAAGAAAUCAUAUAGACGGAAGAAUUCCAACAAGCCUUGCUCGGAUAGAUCGUCUUGGUUUCUUGGACUUGUCAUAUAACAACUUGUUUGGCAAAAUUCCAGUCAGGACUCAGCUCCAAGGCUUUGAUCCCUCUUUUUAUGCUGGGAAUCUUCAACUCUGUGGACCUCCACUUAAAAAGAUGUGUGCUGAUGAAGUGGAAAAAGGUCCAAGUGAGCAAACUGACUUCAUCAACCAAGAGGACAAGGAUGAGCUAAUAACACUGGGAUUCUACAUUAGUAUGGGGCUUGGAUUUGCUGCUGGAUUUUGGGGAGUUUGCGGCACCUUGAUAUUUUCAAGGUCAUGGAGCUACGCGUACUUGAAGUUCUUGAAUGGUUUAAAUGAUUGGCUUUUUGUGAGGAUAGCUUUGUUGAAGCCGCAAUUGAAGGAUGCUUAA